AUGUCAGAGAACAAGAUGAUUGCGAACCUUACCAAAUUAUUUCAACAUAAAGAUAUGUGGAGAUACGUCUCUAUAUUUGUAACUUCCUUGUCCUUAAUAUUGUACAUUUCCAUAUUGAUUGGCGCAUUAACUAGAGGUGUUUAUAUAAGUCAAUUCACCUUAAAUAAAAAUAUCACCGGCAUGCAAACUGUAAAAUUCUCCCUUUUCGAUUACUUUUGUGUCGAUGGUGAUAUAAACUGUAUGAAAGUACCAAAUUUCGGUAAAGACCAAUCGGGAGAAAUAGAAAAUCGGGACGGAAAAGAUGAACUUAACUCAUUUGAGGCUCUUCGAAAGAUAUUAGAAGCUUUCGUGAAAUUCGGUCGUAAUUUAGCUUACCCCAUCCUAGCCGCUGCUGUUAUUGAUUUUAUAACUUUGAUAUUAUUAAUGAUCAAUCAAAAAGUUCAAAAAGUUGACAUCUUAUUUUAUACAAUGACUAACUUUUUAAUCCUUACAACGAUCACCCUUAAUUUAGGUUUUAUAAUUAGCACUUCAAAAAUCUUGAUAAUCUUUGAUGUAGUUUGUCUUCGUUCUUUUCUCGGUAUCAUAGAUUAUCAAACCGGUCCCGCUAUUAUGUUAUCAGCAUGUAGUCUUAUUUGUUCAAUCAUCGUCCUUAUCAUUAUACGAGCUCAUGGUUAUGAUAAUGAAAAAGGAAAGGAGCCCACUUGUUAA